AUGUGUCAGAAGGUCGAAACAGUAUGUUGCCAUUGUGGUGAGCUUCUCUUUGGCUAUUUCAUUGCUUGUAAUGCUUGGCGCGUCGAUGCAAAACAAGCAAACGACGAAAACGCACCCUUUCCUCUCGCAUCUCAGUGCGAAUAUCCCAAGGAGAAGGAAAUCCAGCCUUUGCUAUCAGGAUGUCCCAACAACGAUUCCUGCCCCUCUUGGUUCGCAAAUCUGUUCCGGGGUUAUGGUGAAGCUGCUAACGAGACCCUAGAAGUCAGGAUGUUUCGCGACCAAGUUGCUCAAGAGAAGUACAACGAGUGGAAGGAGAACUUUGCUCGUAAGUACUUCGUCAAGAAGCCAAUUGUUCCUCGGCAGGUACCGGAAGGCUUCUGGUACUUGGCUGCAAAGGAUUUUGUCUCGGAAAUCGAAUCUGUCGAGCCUGCCUCUACCGCUUCCUCUUAUCUCUUGGACUCCGAACCUGCCGAACUUGCCUCUACCGUUUCCUCUUUUGAUGGAGGUAGGACUGACCUCGAGGCCCUCGAGGCUAUUAUGCAGUCUGAAGAUCAGCAGAAUACCCUUGCGUAA